AUGACGCCCCCGACAACUCCCUCUAUCUAUAUUGAUCCGGCGCUCGACGCCUACCGAACCUCCGCAAGCACAUAUAUCUCGCACCGGCCUUCCGAGCAACUCGUCGGCAUCCUCUGCGCAGCUGUCAUCCUCCACAAGGGUCGAGUAUUGCUCAUCCAACGGGCAGCCGACGACGAUUACCCCAAUGUCUGGGAGGAGACCGGUCUACGGGCGUCAGCUGGUACGAAUGUGCUUGGAGAGUUCAAAUAUGACAAUGGCUUGCUCCCACCGAGUGACUCCUCUAGAAGAGGGAAGUGGACAAUAUUCAUCUUCCGGGCAAUUGUCGACGAUGAAAGCUCGGAAUUAGAGAUCAAACUCGACCCCAACGAACACAGAGUGCACCUGUGGGCCACAAGAGAAGAGAUUCAGGAUGAUUCUUGUGGGGACGUCAAGCUGGAUUGGAUUUCGGUGAAUCAGAAGAGGGCAAUUUUGGAAGCAUUCGACGAGGUCGAACGUUAG